AUGCUCAUGUCCGCAACUCACCUCCUACACCAGCCCCCAGUAUGGGAACCACCUCCUGCACCAGCCCCCAGUAUGGGAACCACCUCCUGCACCAGCCCCCAGUAUGGGACCCACCUCCUGCACCAGCCCCCGAUAUGGGAACCACCUCCUGCAUCAGCCCCCGAUAUGGGAACCACCUCCUGCAUCAGCCCCAAGUAUGGGAACCACCUCCUGCAUGAGCCCCCGAUAUGGGAACCACCUUCUGCACCAGCCCCAGUAUGGGACCCACCUCCUGCAUCACCCCCCAGUAUCGGACCCACCUCCUGCACCAACCCCCAAUAUGGGAACCACCUCCUGCACAAGCACCCUGUAUGGGAACCACCUCCUGCAUCGGCCCCUGAUAUGGGACACACCUCCUGCACCAGCCCCCAGUGUGGGACCCAUCUCUUGCACCAGCUCACGGUAUUGGACCCACCUCCUGCACUAGCCCCCAAUAUGGGAACCACAACCUGCACCAACCCCUGGUAUGGGAAACACCUGCUGCACCAGCCCUGGUAUGGGACUCACCUCCUGCACCAGCCCCCAAUAUUGGUCCCACCUCCUGCACCAGCCCCCAGUCUGGGAACCACUUCCUGCCCCAGACCCCAGUGUUGA